UAGAUGUUUGGAAGGACACAAUCAGCUGAAGAAUAUCUGAAGCUUCAGCAUUUUGGGGUGUGAAACAAGAGUGGAGAGAAGAGCGAAGGAAAACUACAAUUGAGACAAAGCCAGAGAAGGAGAAAGGGGAUUGCUCUGACAAAGCGUGGAACCACAAAUUUGAGUUUACAGAGAAGAUAUACUGUAGAUAAAAAGUAGCGUUGGUGAGGAUGAAGUUCAGUGAGAGAAAGGUGCCGUUGCUGUCCAUCAAAGAAAACAUAGAGAUGGAACUGUUCUCUUCAGAGGAGCCCUGCGUGGUCAUAACAACACUCGAGAAGGAGGAAGAAUGCAGCUAUGAGCAGAGAAACCUUGAGCAUCCUCUGGUCCCCGACAGUGAAGAAGAGGAGGAGGAGGAGGAUGAUCUAGAGACGCUUUUUGAGACCCCUGCCAGGCAGCAGCACCAGGCCAAGAUCAGAACUGUGCCUCUUGAGAAAGACCUGGUAAAGCCCCACUCACCUGUCCCAGGAUUUAUGGAGGACACUGAGAUUGAAAUGGAGGUGUUUCCACCCCCUAAAGUGUCUGGCAGGGGACUGGAGGAGUUAAAGUCCAUUGUUCCUUCCACUAUGACCCUGCAAACUCCAAACAAAUCUAGCCGGCUCACAUGGAGGAGACAGAACCCACCGAGGACGGGACUGGUGGUCAAAGACGUGGUCUGUCUGCCCAGAGGACACUACCUGGAGCAGCUGGAGAGACCCGUUGUCCCUCGUGGCAAAGAACGAGCAGCUCUAGUGGCCACGGGCAUGACAGCCCGCAUCACUAUUGAUGGCGGCUGGUCAGCCAAACAGAUGGAGAGUCGGCUGGUGAUGCUUUUCUGGGGGCGGUUUGUGAAACGAGAAGGGCAAAGGUUCUCCUUCACAUAUAUACAGUGUGUGCAGGGCUCCAAGGUGCUAUUUUUCCCAGACCCCCCUGCCGAAGGCUGGACUGGAGAGCAGGUACUCAGGACUGCUGGGCAUGGUGCUCUGUAUAUCCUUAGCCACCAGGACUACCCACAGGUUGAAUCUGACCACAGUGAGAUGCCUGUUUUGAACAAGAGGGAUGACUUUUGUCCAGAAGAGGAAGCAGAGAGCUGCCUGGACGAAGACAGUCAGCCCGGAGACCAAAAUCAGAAUCAGCCUCCUGUUUGCAGUCUCACAGAGGAGGUCAAACCAGACCUUGAGACCAUCCUCAGACUGUUCCAGCAGGAAAAUGUGUUUCGAGAUGUAGAAACCCACAUCCAGGUGAGGAGGGGAGACCUGCUGAAUAGCACCCUGGAGUCGGUGAGGAGGCCUAGCUUCUGCUUCAGGACAACACCCAUCAUCUCCUUUACUGGGGAGGAGACAGACGGUCAAGAGGGACCUCUCAGAGAGUUUUUCAGAUUGACUUUGCUGGAGCUGCAGCAAACUUCUGUAUUCCAGGGUUUCCCUGGGCGGUUGUUCUUGACCUUUGACCUCUCAGCUCUUGAAGACAGAAAGUACUAUGAAGCAGGAGUUCUGGUCGGCUGGUCUCUGGCUCAGGGCGGGCCUGGACCUUGUUGUCUACACCCUGCUCUUUACCAGUGGAUGUGUGGCCAGAGUCCAUCUUUAGAGGACUUUAGCUGGAGGGACAUUGUUGAUACUGAAGUACAGCUCAGACUGCAGCAGCUGCACAGUUCGACAGAUGUGACGCUGCUGUCUCCCAGUCUCUGUGAUUGGUUGUCCAGCUGUGGAAUCCCAGAAAUCUGCUCAAUGAAAUCUGCUGACACACCAGUUAUCUAUGGCCGCCUUAUGAAACAUUACAUCUACCACAGGGUAUCUAGAAUGAACUCCCAGUUCACAGAGGGCCUGAACAGCUGUGGUGGAUUGUGGGACAUAAUACAGUCACACUGGGAGGUGUUUGCACCUGUGAUGACAAGUGUGCAGCAGCCGCAGCCGCAGCCACAGCCUCUAACCCUGGAACAGUUCAAACAGCUUUUCAGCGUCUGCUACAGUCCCCCAGACAGCCAGCUGAGAGCAGCUGAGGAGGCAACAGCUGCACACUGGGAAACAGCCCUUACCUUGAUCAGCGAUUGUAAGGCAGAUUUCUCUUUUGAAGAGCUCCUCACCUUCAUCACUGGAGCUGAUCAUGUGCCUCCACUCGGGUUCUCCAGAUUGAUCUCCCUGCAUUUUUACUCCAAGGAUGAGAGCAUGUCAGAUGUGCAUCUGCCCUACGCCUCCACCUGCACUCUGGAGCUCUUCCUGCCAGCAGGAGUAGCUGGAGCAGCAGAUGUGUUGGCGCUGCUGAGUCGAGCUGUUCACAAGGCCAGCAGCAUUUCCAGAAAGGAGGAGACCGAGAGGACAGCCGAGUAGAAGGCAACAAGCUAUGAAGUUGAAGUGAGGCACGUGAAGUUCACAUCCUGCUGGAGUGUAAAUGGUUUGCUGUUGUCAGUGUAACUCAUUGUAUGGCUAACCUGAUGAAAGAUCCAAGACCAAUAAAUGCAUUGUUUUAAAGCUUUACUCAUUCAAA